ACACAGUGUGGAAAGCCUUUUAUACUAAGGAGUUGUCUUGUUAAACAUCAGAGGAUCCACACUGGAGAAAAACCUUAUGAAUGUACACAGUGUGGAAAGGCUUUCACACAGAGGGGCCAUCUUGCUAAGCAUAAGAGAAUCCACACUGGAGAGAAACCUUAUGAAUGUACACAGUGUGGAAAGCCUUUUGCAGUGAGGAGUAGUCUUGUUAGGCAUCAGAGAAUCCACACUGGAGAGAAACCUUAUGAAUGUACACAGUGUGGAAAGGCUUUCACACAGAGGGUUAAACUUGCUGCACAUCAGAGAAUCCACACUGGAGAGAAACCUUAUGAAUGUACACAGUGUGGAAAGGCUUUCAUACACAGGACGAGUCUUGCUGAGCAUCAGGGAAUCCACACUGGAGAGAAACCUUAUGAAUGUACACAGUGUGGAAAGUCUUUUGCACUGAAGAGUUGUCUUGUUAAACAUCAGAGAAUCCACACUGGAGAAAAACCUUAUGAAUGUACACAGUGUGGAAAGGCUUUCACACAGAGGGGCCAUCUUACUAAGCAUCAGAGAAUCCACACUGGAGAGAAACCUUAUGAAUGUACACAGUGUGGAAAGUCUUUCACACAGAGAGGCUAUCUUGCUAAGCAUCAGAGAAUCCACACUGGAGAGAAACCUUAUGAAUGCACACAGUGUGGAAAGGCUUUCACACGGAGGGACCAUCUUGCUAAGCAUCAGAGAAUCCACACUGGACAGAAACAUUAUGAAUGUAAUAAAUUCAGAUAG